GAGACUCUCCAAUCACCACUCAUUUCCAUCAACAACCAACAAACCAAAGCAAGCAUCCAAAAACGCACACUCUCACAUCACAAUGCUCUCUUCCACAUUCCCCUCCUCCUCCUCCUCCUUCCUUCUCCACCACUACUUCAACAACAACAACCACCUUCACUUCUUCUCCAUGCCCAAGAAGAAUCUACCUGAAUAAUCCCACACAGAUUCCAAAACCAUACCCAUACACACACCUUUUUACACAUCACUCUUCAUUGCUUAAUAAUUAUUUUACUAACAUGAAUCCCUCUUGUCGCUUCUCUUCAACUAAACACACCCCUUUCCUUCACAACUCCAAACCCACUUCCCCUUUCUUCCUUAGACACUCUCACUCUCAUUCCCACCAAGUGAAACCUUUUCCCUUAUCCCCACCAAUAACAACAACAACAACAGCAAAGCCUUAUCCUUUAAACAUUCUAAGGCUCAGAAACAUCAAACUCUCUCACCCUUUGGCCACGCUAUCAUCUUUCGCGGAGGGAGAAGAAGAGAAUCAGAAGGAGGGAGCAGAGUCACCACCGAACAACGAUGAAUUGGGAGGAAUUGCGAAGGCCUUCAACAUAUCGUCUCGGACGGCCUCUGCCAUAUCGAUAUGCAUGGCAUUGGCGGUUCUCACUUUUCCGCUGUUCAUGACUUCUUUGGGGCAAGGCAUGGCUCUGAAGACGAAGGUGCUCUCUUAUGCGACGCUGCUGUUCGGGUUCUACAUGGCGUGGAACAUUGGGGCGAAUGACGUGGCAAAUGCCAUGGGGACCUCCGUGGGGUCCGGCGCCCUCACGCUCCGGCAGGCCGUGCUGACCGCCGCGGUGCUCGAAUUCUCCGGGGCGCUGAUGAUGGGGACGCACGUGACCAGCACGAUGCAGAAGGGGAUUCUCGUCGCCAACGUGUUCAAUGGAAAGGAUUCUUUGCUCUUCGCCGGGUUGCUCUCGUCUCUUGCCGCUGCUGGUACUUGGUUACAGUUUGCAUCAUAUUAUGGUUGGCCAGUAUCUACUACACAUUGUAUAGUGGGAGCAAUGGUGGGGUUUGGUCUAGCUUAUGGAGGUGCCGGAGCUGUUUUCUGGGGUUCACUGGCCAGGGUGAUCUCUUCGUGGGUUGUCUCACCACUAAUGGGAGCAGCUGUGUCAUUUCUUGUCUAUAAAUGCAUCCGAAGGUUUGUGUACAGUGCACCUAACCCCGGCCUAGCAGCAGCUGCUGCAGCACCAAUUGCUGUAUUUCUGGGUGUAACUGGGAUUUCAUUUGUUGCCUUCCCUCUUAGCAAGAAUUUCCCUUUAGCUCUGGCCCAAGCUUUAGCCUGUGGAACUGUUGGUGCUUUUCUGGUAGACAGAAUCAUCAGAAAACAGCUUGGACAUCUUCUUGUCAAGUCAAAUACACCAGAGCCUGAGCCAAAAGAAGACUCUGUCCACCACCACAAUAUAGGAUUCCUCGAUGAUGUUGCAGGCCCAAAGGGUGCUCAACUGGAAAUAGUUUAUGGAGUCUUUGGGUACAUGCAGGUCCUCUCAGCAUGUUUCAUGUCAUUUGCUCAUGGCGGAAACGAUGUCUCCAAUGCCAUAGGUCCAUUGGCGGGUGCGCUAGCUAUUCUUCAAGGUGGUGCCGCAGGAACUGAGAUUGUGAUUCCAACUGAUGUUCUUGCUUGGGGAGGAUUUGGCAUCGUUGCAGGGCUAAUGAUGUGGGGUUAUAGAGUGAUAGCUACAAUAGGAAAGAAGAUAACAGAACUUACACCAACUAGAGGAUUUGCAGCUGAGUUUGCUGCUGCCUCUGUGGUUCUGUUUGCUUCAAAGCUGGGACUACCCAUCUCUGCAACCCACACUCUAGUCGGUGCAGUAAUGGGCGUUGGAUUUGCAAGAGGACUUAACAGUGUUAGAUCAGAAACUGUGAAGGAGAUUGUGGCUUCAUGGGUGGUUACUAUUCCAGUUGGAGCUACUCUAUCAGUCCUCUACACAUGGAUCUUGACUAAGAUUUUGUCCUAUAUUUUAUGAGGGUCUAUUCCAAGACAUGAAAGCUUAUAUAUGGGAUUAGUUCAAGUUACUAGCACCAUCUUUCAAAGGAUUGCUUUCUGUGGUACAAAUUGGAGAGAAGAGGGUAGGUAUGGCAUCACAGGUAUCUUGGGUAGAAGUCUCUUAACUCAGUUGGCAAGGGAUGAAUCUUUAUGUUCGGAUGUCAAUCCUGUGAUUGCUCAUGUUAAUUUAAUCUCGAAUUGGAACUUAAUAAGAAAGGAAACGAGUGGGAGAAUUUGUCAGCUCCAGCAUUUUUAGACCUUUUACUUUUUUUUUUUUUUUUUAUCUAGCUAAGUUGAAAAACUUAGCAAUCCUUAUGAUGUUUAAAGGUUACAAAUUCAGCGAUAAUAUUGGUAAAAACCCAACGUCUGUACUUAACAGAUUCAUUUAACCUUUUUGCCUCAUUAAUAUCCACUUGUUGAAACAUUCUUCUAUAUAGAGCUGUGAGAUUCAAGGUU